AUGCCUCAAUCUGUAUUUCUUCGACGAUUUGGUAUGACAUUCCGACAGUUUCUGCGAUCACAUGUAUCAGUGGGAAAAGAGCCGAGUGCUGAUUUGCUUGAGAAAGCUACCGUUCGUCCGUUUAUUCUUCUAGAUUAUGUGGAUGAUACUUUGAAGGAGAGAGAUCGUUUCGGUUUCAAGAAAAUGAUAACAAUAGAUGAUUUAUUCCGUGCACGGGUACAUUAUGGUCACAAGAUUGGAACAGUGAAUGAAAUGAUGAAGUGGUCAUUAUUUGGCGAGCGUUUAGGUGUUUGCAUUUUUGAUUUGCAGAAAACGCGUGAAUGCUUGAUUAUGGCAUUAAAUUUUAUCGCUCAUAUAGCAAUACGUGGUGGAAUGUUUCUAUUCAUCACGGCAGAAAAAAAUAAUAUGUUAAUGGUUGAGCGAAAAGCUCUAGAAAUAAAUGAAUUUGCGCACAUACGUUAUUGGAAAGUAGAUACUUUACUUAAUGCAAAAGCAUUAUUUGGCGCGCCGGUAUUAGAAACGCACCCAGCAGUACGCGAAGCAGCAAAAAUGAUAAUUCCAACGGUAGGUAUCGUAGAUUCCAAUGCUGAUCCUACCUAUAUUACAUAUCCGAUUCCAGGAAAUGAUGACUCAACGCCCAGUAUAAGUUAUUUCAUGGAUUGUUUUGUUAAAGCUAUCAAGAUAGGGAAAGAAGCACGGCGGUCAUUAACUGCUAAUUAA